GGAGAUUUAUUGCUGACACCGCUCGGCCCAAGAGCGCAACAUCCAAUGCAGAAGCGCCUCUGCCCGCAGGGGGUGGGACCUGGGAUCUCAGCUUUUUCUGGGGUAAAGGAAACAAGAAGAACAUGAAUCUCCCUGGAGACACCGGGCAUUCGGGGGCAUCAGAGCCGCGGCGCCGACCCAACCCGAUGUCAUCAGCGAGGGGCUCACAGGAACGAGCAGCCGGGGACCCCCUAAAUAUCAGAGUAACCCUGAUGCCCAGUCGGUGCCCACUGGUGGGAGGAGCAUGAGUUUGGGCCACAGACUGCGCUGCUGCUCCGCCCUGGGCUCCAUGGUUCUGAUUGGACUUCUCUUCUGGAACAGCAGCUUUGUAUUAAUCUCUCCCCCCGGGGUCGCCCAGGGCCCCCCAGACCCACUCACCAUCCUGAUCUGGCACUGGCCCUUCCAUAGGCCGAUGGACCUUUCCGGGAACGUCUGUCUGGAUCGGUUCGGUAUCGGGGGCUGCAGACUGACGGGUAAUCGCAGCGACUUCCCCCGGGCCCAGGUCGUGGUGUUUCACCAUAAGGAGCUGAGGGAAAAGGGAUUCGAGUUCCCGGACACGGUCCGGCCGUUGGGUCAGAAAUGGGUCUGGGCCUCCUUGGAACCCCCGACCUACAUGCAUAAGGAUGUGGAACUGAAUGAGCUUUUCAAUUGGACGUUGAGUUAUCGGACCGACUCGGAUAUAUUCGUGCCCUAUGGGAUGCUGGUCCCUCAGCCGGCCAAGGUGCCCAACUUGCCCAACAAGACCGGACAGGUGUCCUGGGUGGUCAGUCACUACCGUAAGUCUCAGGAAAGAGCCGCCUUCUACUCCAACCUGUCCCACUACCUGAAGGUGGAUAUUUACGGUAAAGCGAACCGGCGGCCCCUGUGCCCGGCCUGCCUCCUCCCCACCGUGUCCCGGUACCGGUUCUACUUAGCGCUGGAGAAUUCCCGGCACCGGGACUACAUCACGGAGAAGCUCUGGUUUAACUCCUUCCUCUCCGGCUCCGUCCCCGUCGUGCUGGGACCCCCCCGGGAAAACUACGAGCGAUUCGUCCCGGCCGAUUCGUUCAUUCACGUGUCGGACUUCGCGUCGCCCGAGCAUCUCGCCCGAUAUCUGCGGACCCUGAGCGACGAGCGGUACCGGCGGUAUUUCCGCUGGAGGGAGCGACAGGGAGUGAAGAUCUACAGCGACUGGAGGGAGCGAUUCUGUCUGAUCUGUGCGGCCCAACCCAACCUGCCCCGGAACAAGGUCUAUAGGGACCUACACGGCUGGAUCUGGAACAGAACCCGGGACGACUCAUAACACUGUGUUAUCUGAACAACUGCCUGGUUGCUAGGGUGAAUGGAACCCUAGCAACCACAUACGUCUAUGGGUUAAAGGGGUUCAGUAAUAAAUGAGCUAUUCCUAGCAACUUUGCA